UCAACGCAAGUUUUGCUGGUCUGUAAAAAUUUCUAUUUCAGGGAAAUAAUUCCUAGUCCUUUGCGGCUAUAGGAUUUUGUGGACAAUGCCUACACAAAAGAAAAAGGAUAAAAAGGCGAAAGAAAAAAGUGAACCUCAAACCGCCGUCAACAUCAAACAGGAACCGGAAGAAAUUAAACCUCUUGCCGGAUACAUCGACGACCGAUUGGAGCUUAUUCGGCAGGUGUUUUCCUGCGUAAAGCCGAAGGAAAUCAAGUACCUCCUGCCGGAUUUUCUAGAGGGAAAAUCAAACGACGUCAUCAAGGAGCGAUGCCUGGACGAACUGCUCGGCAUUUCCACCAAACGUUUGCGUUCCAUCAUCAACAACACCAAGUGUCCCACAGACACGGAAUCGGAGAACUCCGAUGUGGAAAACAUAGAAGAGCACAUUUCUUUGGAUGAAAUUUCGUCCGAUUCCGAUGAUGAUGCCAAACGUUCCGGAAAACGAAAUAAGAAAGGUGACAGCAGCAAACAACCAGACGAAAGAAACGGUGAGGCAAAAUCCGAAAAAGAAAUGACCGUGCUCGAGUUGCUCGAACUGCAAGCACGGGCACGUGCGAUUCGUUCUCAGCUUGCCCUGGAACCGGUUACUAAGAUAGAAAUCGACUCCGAGCACGAAGAAGACGGCCGCCAUGGAGACAUUGACACGGACGAUGAAGCAAAGGGGGUCACGCACCGGCGUACCGCUACGAAGGACGGCUUCGCUGGGUCGAGUGGAGAGAAUGGGAAGCAAAUGAAACAGGAACAACUCAAUCAACAACAACCGCGAAGGGUGCGGUUGAAGAGAAAUUUCCGCAUCAGACAGGUUGGCGAUGAUGACGACGGUGACCAGGAUACGUCAAGCAAUCCGGCUUCGGAGAAUGUGCGUGAAAAAUCCACCGACAAUGUGGUGGAAAUUUUUGAACCGACCGCUACAGAACCGGCGGUUGUCGAAGUACGUGAAGAGCAAAAAUCUCCCGAAAAGGAAACCGUGCUAGAUGAGAGUGAAAAAAUGCCCGGAGAAGAAAAUCCGGAGGCCGGAAACGAGCAGCUGACGGAAGACACUGCACAAAAAGAUGUACAAUCGGAAAAUGGCGAGGAAACUUCAAAAGAGCCAAUUUCACAGAAUCCUGCUGAAACCAACCUCAGUCCCAAACGAGACGCAGAUCGGGAAAGUUCGCUAGAGGUCAUACCGGUCGAGGCCAGCCCUGAAACGCUCUGUAUAUCUUCCGAUUCCGAAGAGGAACGUCUAGCGAAGCAACGGGCUUCCAUUUUCGUUCCAAACAUUGAGGAACUUGACCGUCAAGCGAAGGAGAAGCCACCACCAUCGCCACAGCAAUCGGCCGAAGAUACUGAGCCGGAAGAAGGCGAAAUCUCUGAGGAUGAAGCGGUGGUUCCUCCUCCCGCAGAAGAACCAUCCACUGUUACCGAAGAUCAAAAUGAGACAGAAAAAGAAGAUCCGAGCACUUCCGCGAACCUUAUGGAAUCGGAUGAAAACCAAGCCAAUAACGCCGACGAAGGAAAGGAGGCAUCCAUCGGCUUAAAGAAAGACGACACAUCCACUGAAGUGGUGCAAUCGGAAGCAACCGACAAAGAAACCGAAAUUCACAACCUUUCCUCCGGCAGUGACGAAUCCGAUACCGAAAGCGACGGUUCUUCGUCGAGCUCAUCCACCGAACAAGAGGAAGACGGCUCAAAGGUGGAACAAACAAAACAGUUGGACACUUCCGCCCAAGACGACGCGGACAUUGUGGAAAUUCACGAUUCCGGCGAUGAGAACCUUCUGCUGGAAGAAAAGCCGGUCGAGGAGGAGGAAAAAUCGUGGAACUCACGCUGGCUAAAGAGUAACCGCGUGGCCAAAGUUAUGGCUGCCUCCCGCCUGGGCAAUAAGGUGCGCGAAAAGCUCAAGAAACAGAAGCAGAAACAGCAAGCAGAACAACUGGAGCAGGCGGCCACGGACGCGGCGGAGGCCGCACAACCUUCCCCGAAACCAGCGGAAGCCCCCGUGGUGGCCCCAGAACUGCCGGCAAACGUGGAGGUCGGAUCCGUGGAGCACUACCGGGAACUGGUAGCGCAGCAAGAGAGCAAGGACUAAACUAGUUCGAAUGCGUUUGUAGAAAAAUAAAUCUAAGAACAAAAAACCGCAACCCUCUUUCUCUCAAUAAAUCCAACAAUGGUCUAAUGGUA